AUGAACGAGGGCAAGUCGCCGAAGACGUGCAUCGAGCCCUUCAAGAAGUUCGAGGAGGUGAACGAGCACGGCGGCAGGCUGCAGUGGUUCGACCUGACGGGCGGUCCGACCGUCUGCCUCGCCAAGCAACGCGCGCGCGAGGAGCAGGACGAGCACGCCUUCAAGGUCCUCAAGGAGACGCGCGAGAAGCGCCAGCGCGAGAUCAAGGCGUCGCUCCCGGACGUGACGCGCAUCCCGGACUACCCCACCGGCCUCCUCAAGACCAAGCGGGGAGACGAAAAGAUCCCGCUGAUUGGACUGGGCACGUGGAAGUCCGAGCCCGGCAAGGUCAAGGCCGCCGUCGUCGAGGCCCUCAAGUCCGGCUACCUCCACGUGGACUGCGCCAGCGUGUACGAGAACGAGGGCGAGGUCGGCGAGGCUUUCCAGGAGGUUUUCGAGAAGACCCAGCUGGAGCGCGAGGAGGUCUUCGUGACCAGCAAGCUGUGGAACACCGACCACGCUCCGGACCGCGUGGAGGCUGCGCUGAAGAAGUCGCUCAAGCUGCUCAGGCUCGAUUACCUGGACCUGUACCUGAUGCACUGGCCGGUCACCGGCAACAAGGGCAGCGAUGUCGUCUCACCGUCCAUCUUGGACACGUGGAAAGCCAUGGAGGACCUCGUCGAACGAGGAUUCGUCAAGGCCAUCGGCGUGAGCAACUUCAGCGAGAAAAAAAUCCGCGACUUGCUCGGCCACGCAGACGUGCCCAUCAGCGUGUGCCAGGUGGAGUGUCACCCGUACUGGCCCCAGCGCGACCUCGUCCGCUUCUGCCAUCGAAACGACAUCCACUUCACCGCGUACUCCCCGCUCGGUUCCCCGGACAGCGCGGCGAUGUUCAAGCGCGAGACGCCCGAGCUGAUGAAGGAUCCGGUCAUCGUCGGCGUGUCCGUUCGCACGGGCCGCAACGUCGGCCAAGUCCUUCUCAAGUGGGCGCUGCAGCGCAGGCCGACGUGCAGCGUGCUGCCCAAGUCGUCGAGCCCGUCGCGGAUCCGGGGUAACCUGGACGUGCUGACGUGUACGUGGCGGCUGAGUGACAACGACCUCGACGCCAUCGACGCCGUCUCCCGUCGGUGCCGAAUGGUCGAUGGGUCGUUUUGGCUGUCGCCCGACGGGCCGUACAAGACACUGGAGGACCUGUGGGACGGUCCGUGA